GAGACCAUCGAAGCACCAUUACCACUAGUGUGGUCAAUCCUACGUAGUUUCGACAAACCACAAGCUUAUCAACGUUUCGUCAAAAGUUGCACCAUGCGCUCCAGCGGCGGUAGCGGCAAAGGAGGAGAAGGAAAAGGCUCCGUCCGGGACGUGACGUUUGUCUCCGGCUUCCCGGCGGAUUUCAGCACGGAGAGGCUCGAAGAGCUAGAUGAUGAGUCUCACGUGAUGGUGGUAAGUAUCAUUGGCGGUAACCAUAGGCUUGUUAAUUACAAAUCGAAAACGACAGUGGUCGCGUCGCCCGAGGAUGUGACAGAGAAGACGGUGGUGGUGGAGAGUUACGUAGUGGAUGUGCCGGAAGGAAAUAGCGAGGAAGAUACGAUAUUUUUUGUUGAUAACAUUAUUCGGUAUAACCUUACUUCACUUGCUAAGCUCACAAAGAAGAUGAUGGGCUAAGCUAUGUAUGUUUAAACUAAUCAAUAAACUAAUCGAAGUUAU